AUGGAGACCAAGGAAGGCGAGACAUAUGUCCGCUAUGAGAAGAAUAAUGACAUCGAGGAGCGCGCCUUCACAACCGAGGGGGAGAUCACAGACGUCGAGCUAGACGACCUGAUCUCUCUCCUCAAGGAAACCCUGGAUGAGCACGAAACAGAUGCCAAUUUCCCUCAGGAGAUGUUGAAUGAGGCGCGCGAGUUUCUGGCCAAAGGUCCCAAGGAGAUCACCAACAAUGAGGCUCAAGCUCUGCUCCAAGAUAUUCGCAAGCAGCGUGAUCUUUUGCUGAACGAUUCGCCCUAUCCUGAGGUCCGCGCUGUUGUGGACCCGGUCGACGAUCCCUCAAUUUCUGCCAACACCUUUCGCGCCUGGUUCAUUGGUAUGCUCCUGACUAUCGUCUUCACUGGCGUAAAUCAGUUGUUUACCCUGCGAUACCCGUAUAUCUUCCUCUCUUCAUACGUGUCCCAGGUUAUCUCAUACCCCAUGGGCACUUUCCUCGCAAAGGUGCUACCCUCUCGCCAAUUCUCACUCCUUGGCUGGCGCUUCUCAUUGAACCCAGGACCUUUCAAUCAGAAGGAACAUAUGCUUAUCACAGUCAUGGCAAAUGUCGGAUAUGGAGGCUACCUGGGUACUGCCUACACAACCAACAUCUUCACGGUGCUGAAAGUCAAGAAGUGGUACAAUGACCAGACAUUGUACAACAAGGCUGGCUUCCAGAUCCUGUUGACCCUAUCAACCCAGUUGUUAGGUUACGGGUGUGCAGGCCUGGCUCGACGCUUUCUCGUCUAUCCAUCAACUAUGAUUUAUCCCAAGGCACUGUCAACCAUCGCCCUGAACAAAGCUCUGCACAAUGACCAGAAAGGCGAGAUCGUGCACGGGUGGUCAAUCUCCCGCUACCGUUUCUUCUUGUAUUCAUUCGGCGCCAUGUUCGUUUGGUAUUGGUUCCCCGGUUAUCUCUUCCAAGCCACCUCCUAUUUCAACUGGAUGACCUGGAUUGCCCCAGAGAACGUAACUCUGGCCGCUGUCACUGGCAGUAUUACCGGUCUCGGACUCAACCCAUGGCCAACCUUUGAUUGGAACAUUGCCUCGGUUUUAUAUGACCCCAUCAUUACGCCUUACUACGCUUUGGUCACUAUUACUGUCGGAACCACCUUUUUCUGUGUAUGUGUGAUCAUCCCUCUUUGGUGGGCCAAUAUUUGGAAGUCGGGCUACUUCCCAAUUAUGAGCAACUCUCUUUUCGAUAAAACGGGGGCCGAAUAUGAUGUCUCGAAGAUCAUGAUCAAUGGCAGUUUCAGCGCAGAAGCAUACGAAGCCUACAGCCCUCCCUAUAUGACCGCUUCGUAUGCCACCAUGUUCUUCUGCUUCUUUGGGUCCUACAUGGCCGCUGUGGUUCAUAUCAUCUUGUAUAACCGUCAUGAACUGCGCAAGGGAUUCUCUGCCAUGUGGAAAUGGCAGAAUGCUCGCGACGAAUACGAGGAUGUCCACAACAGACUCAUGAAGACCUACAAGGAAGUUCCCGAGUGGUGGUACCUUACCAUCUUAGCCUUUAGCUUUGUUGUUGGUUGUAUUACUGCCAAGGUCUAUGACACCGGAUUCCCUAUCUGGGGCAUGGUUGUCGGUGUUCUUCUGUGUCUCAUUUUGCAAGUGCCAUACGGCAUGGUGUAUGCCAUCACUAACGCCGAAGUGACAAACAAUGUUAUUGCCGAAUUGAUCGCUGGAUACGCCAUCCCCAACCAACCCAUUGCCAAUAUGAUCUUCAAGACCUACGGAGUGGUCUCAUGCGCGCAGUCCAUUCAGUUUGUCUCCGACUUGAAGAUGGGCCAUUAUAUGAAGAUUGCCCCACGCGUCAUGUUCAGUGCCCAGAUUAUUGCUACUAUUGUCGCUGCCUUUGUCAGCAUUGGUGUAAAUGCCUGGGCACUGGCAAAUAUCGAGGGAGUCUGUGAAACCGGCCAAGCGGCUGGGUUCAAUUGCGAAAAUAUUACGACAUUCUUCACCUCUUCAGUACUCUGGGGCGCAAUUGGGCCUCGGAGACUCUUCGCCAGUGGCCAAAUGUACAAUGCCACACUAUAUGGGUUCCUCAUGGGUCUCUUAUUGCCUGUUCCGUUCUACUUGGCAUCAAAGUAUUUCCCAAAGUCCGGAUUCCGUUAUAUUUAUUCCCCACUGCUGCUCUACGGAAUGAUCAACUUUGCGCCUUAUAACUUGACCUUCUGUGUCGCUCCUCUCAUCGUUGGUACUGUCUUCAACUUCUACAUCAAGCGUCACUAUCUCGCCUGGUGGGAGAAAUACGCAUAUGUGCUCACGUCAUCUUUCGGUGCAGCACUGGCGAUUUCAGCUGUUGUCAUCUUCUUUGCCGUGGAGUAUCACACUGUGGAUGUUAAUUGGUGGGGAAAUUCGGUUUCCUUUGCUGGGUGCGAUGACGCGGGUUGUACCUUGAAGGCUAUCCCUGCGAGUGGUAUCCCAUCUUGA